AUGUCGAAUGGAUCCAAGACACCUUUUUUCUCACCUCUUGGCAAAUUCAAGAGAAGCCUCUACCGAAGAAAAUUGAUGAAACAAUUCGGAAAUGAUGUUGAUUUAUUUAUUGAAAAAUUUUCAAAACCUAAUGUCUUGUCUCUUUAUCGGGAAUGGAUCCGAGAGUUGAAUCGAACGCUCCCUUUGGCUCUCCGAGAAGUGAGCAAACAGAAUUUAAGAACGCAUUUCGAAGCCACAAAAGAUGACUACAGCCCCUAUUUGAUCUUAAAUGAAUUGGAAGCAGGUCGGUAUGCUUUAGAAUUGUGGAAAAAAGGAGAUCGUCAUGCACUGAAAUAUGGAAUUCCAAGACAAUUUUCUGUUUAUCGGGCAAUACGAGAACAAAAACCCCCUGAUAGUAACGCGUACAGAAGGUACACCCCCUUCCUCUACUCACUGUAA